AUGCCGAAAACACUCGUAGUAAACAACAGUAAUGGAUCAACUGUUUCAUCAGAUACAGACAAAGCUAACGCUUUUGCUAGUAAUUUUGAAAAAUCGCACUUAAUCACAAUAAAUAUGGGAUAUCCUGUUUUCGAUGAAAUGGUAAACCAAUUUGUCAACAACAACUUUAGCAACGAAUGUAUCAUAAAUUUUGCAACAACAGAUCAAAAUGAAGCAGGAAACUUUCAUACUUUCCCCGACUCCCCUUUCAUCAAGGUAUCGGAUGUUACUUAUGCAAUUAAAUCUAGAAAUAACAAAAAAUCAUCAGUUCAUAGACAAAGUAAACAACGAAAAUCAAAUAACUAUUCAUUAUAAUGAUAACGAUAUGAUAAACAUAGACUACUACAAAAGUAAGCCUCCAUCUUAUUUACACUAUCUUUCGAAGAGGAAUGAACUUUUU